GGUAUAUUUAUUAUUAUUUUUAUCAUAAACGGAGAGGGUGAGAGUGGGUGACAGACAAAGAAAUAUCCUCAUAUAAAUUUUGCCUAUAAAUACUCACAAAUCCUUCCCCUAGCUUCACUUCUCCUCAAUAAAUCAUACCUAUUUCUCUCUCUCUCUCUCUACUGUGGUGGUAGGGUUUUUGUACUAUCUAUCCUCCAAUCACACACUUAUGGAUGCCAACGCACUGCAUCUAGCCAUGGCAGCUCUCGUCGGCGCCUCCUUUGUUGCUGUGUCCGCUUAUUAUAUGCACAGGAAAACUCUAACUCAGUUACUUGAGUUUGCAAAAUCAGUCGAGAGAGAGAGAGACGAGAAUAACAUUUCCAACGCUGACUUGCCACAGCGUAUUAAAGGCUUUGCUUCGCGUCCUGCUCAGGCGAAGCGGAAAGGAAACUGGCGCGGCUCGGCUUCGUUGCCAGACGUUACGGCUAUUUCUUGUCCUGCGAUCGACGAUGAUUAUUGGCGUAACGGUACGCUUCCUGUCGACGGGAUCCCGCCCGAGCUUCUUAGGCUGCACACUCUGCUUGAAGGGAAAUCUGCAGGACUUGGAGGUUCAACAAAGAGGAUUGGAAGUUUUAUUAGGCCAACUUCUCCAAAGUCUCCCGUUGCUAGUGCUAGUGCUAGUGCCUUUGAGAGUGUGGAAGGAUCUGAUGAAGAGGAUAAUAUGACUGACAUUUCUAAACUGGACACUACUUACCUGCAUAUGAAUGGAAAAGCGGUUCAGGGCCCGAAUUUAGCAGACCACAAUCCCAAUGGAGAGAAAAAGCCUGCUCCUUCAAGCAUGAUUCGAACCCAUAGUGUAUCAGGUGACCUGCAUGGGAUUCAGCCUGAUCCUAUUGCAGCUGAUAUUCUGAGGAAAGAGCCAGAGCAAGAAACUUUUGCACAACUUGAGAUUGCUCCUACUGAGGUGCCAUCACCGGAUGAAGUAGAGGCCUAUGUGGUACUUCAGGAAUGCCUUGAAAUGCGAAGGAGAUAUUUAUUUAGGGAAGCAGUUGCUCCAUGGGAGAAAGAAGUAAUAUCAGACCCCAGCACGCCAAAGCCUAAUCGGGAACCAUUUUCAUUUACUUCUGAGGGAAAAUCUGAUCAUUACUUUGAGAUGCAAGAUGGAGUUAUCCAUGUUUAUCCCAAUAAAGAUGCAAAAGAAGAGGUUUUCCCUGUCGUGGAUGCAACAACCUUUUUCACUGAUCUGCAUCACAUACUUCGAGUAAUUGCGUUAGGAAAUAUGAGAACUAUAUGUCAUCAUCGGCUGGUUCUUCUGGAACAAAAGUUCAAACUUCAUUUGAUGCUUAAUGCAGAUAAGGAGUUUCUUGCUCAGAAAAGUGCACCGCAUCGUGACUUUUAUAAUGUGAGGAAAGUGGAUACACAUGUCCAUCACUCAGCUUGCAUGAACCAGAAGCAUCUUUUAAGGUUUAUAAAGUCCAAAUUGAGGAAAGAGCCUGAUGAGGUUGUGAUAUUUCGUGAUGGGACAUACUUGACCCUGAAAGAAGUAUUUGAGAGCUUGGAUUUAACUGGGUAUGAUCUGAAUGUUGAUCUUUUGGAUGUUCAUGCAGACAAGAGCACAUUUCAUCGCUUUGAUAAGUUCAAUCUUAAGUACAAUCCCUGCGGUCAAAGUCGGCUUAGGGAAAUCUUCCUUAAGCAGGACAAUCUUAUCCAAGGUCGUUUCCUUGGUGAGCUGACAAAGCACGUGUUUUCUGACCUUCAAGCAAGUAAAUAUCAGAUGGCUGAGUAUCGAAUAUCAAUAUAUGGAAGGAAACAAAGUGAAUGGGACCAAUUGGCUAGUUGGAUUGUGAACAAUGAAUUGUACAGUGAGAAUGUUGUAUGGUUGAUUCAGCUUCCACGGCUGUACAAUGUCUACAAGGAAAUGGGGAUUGUGACAUCCUUCCAGAACAUUCUUGACAAUAUCUUUAUUCCAUUGUUUGAGGUUACUGUAGACCCAGACUCUCAUCCUCAGUUGCACGUUUUCUUGAAACAGGUUGUUGGGUUGGAUUUAGUUGAUGACGAGAGCAAGCCUGAAAGACGCCCCACAAAACAUAUGCCCACACCGGCUCAGUGGACCAAUGUAUUCAAUCCGGCAUAUUCAUACUAUGUGUAUUACUGCUAUGCUAACCUCUACACACUAAACAAGCUUCGGGAGUCCAAGGGCAUGACAACUAUCAAAUUCCGGCCACAUUCAGGAGAGGCUGGUGACAUUGACCACCUUGCUGCUACGUUUCUUACUGCUCAUAAUAUUGCACAUGGAAUAAAUUUAAGAAAAUCUCCUGUACUUCAGUAUCUCUAUUAUUUGGCACAGAUCGGUCUCGCUAUGUCUCCUUUGAGCAACAACUCCUUGUUUUUGGACUAUCAUCGGAAUCCUUUACCUAUGUUUUUCCUACGGGGUCUCAAUGUGUCACUAUCAACUGAUGAUCCACUCCAAAUUCACCUAACUAAAGAACCUUUGGUGGAAGAAUAUAGCAUAGCUGCUUCUGUGUGGAAAUUGAGUUCAUGUGACUUGUGUGAGAUUGCCCGUAAUUCAGUCAUCCAAUCAGGUUUCUCACAUGCUUUGAAGUCACAUUGGAUUGGAUUGAAGUACUACAAAAGAGGACCAGAUGGAAAUGAUAUUCGUAAAACAAAUGUGCCCCAUAUCCGGGUGAAGUUUCGUGACAUGAUCUGGAGAGAGGAGAUGCAACAAGUUUAUUUGGGCAAGGCAGUAAUCCCUGAAGAAGUGGACAGAUAGAUGACAGACACUGGAUUUCAUUAUAUGUUGCAAAUGGAGGUUAAGUACGUGCAGUUGAAACAAUUGAUUCUUUGUGGAGAAGGUAUAGAUAAUGAAAGCCGGAGGAGGGGAGGGGAAACAGGACGGGAGGAGUGAGGAAGCAUGUACAUUGAAUGAUGAUGGAGAAUAUAUCAGAAACAGCUCUAAUCUAUACAAAGACAGAGCACCAAGAAGUAGUGGGAUACUCUAUACUAGCAAAUUAGUAGCUCAGGAUGUGUGUAUUAACUUUAGAGGAAGCAAUAGUUAAUUAGAGGCUGAAAUUUUAUAUUACCAUGUAAUAAUGCUUUUAUAUAUAUUAGUUAGUGGCAAGGGGGGAAGAAGCUCUCUUGUUUAAUCAAUUUUGCCCUGUAAUAGAAAAUAUGAUUGUGGCACCAAUUAUAUAUUCUGUGGAAUACCACCAAAUGAUGCUCUUGUUUUGCGUAA